GCCGCGUCGUUAUGUCGACCCAUAUCUUAACUCCAUCCACAUACUGCAAUAAUUGUAUUGUAUAUAUCUAUAUACCGACUCUGUAUCUAUAUAUGUAUACAUACAUACCUGUGUAUAUGUAGCGGCUUUGCAUGUUAAGACAUAGAUAAAUCGAGACGCGGAAAAUAGAAGUGAGAGGGGAAAAAAAAUCCUAAAAGCGCACCAAGAAAUAAUUAUUUUCUCUGCUCUUGAAAGCAAGAAUCAGCAUCAUGGUGACUCAAAGAUUGGAGAUUUGCAUCGAGCUGAUAAAGUUGGCCAUAGAUUUCGUCGCUGCCGUGGCCGAUGCGGUCGAGGGAGCCUUUUCCCGGCGAGAUACGUCGCCUUCUUUCGCCGUGAACGGUGGCCGGAGUAAUUACUCCGCCGUUCACGUUCCUCUUGUUGGGUUCCUCUCCUGAAUUAUUAUUAUUAUUUUUAUUUUAAAUUUAUCUCUUUAAUUCUUUGGCCUGAUUUGCCACGUGGGGUUUUGGAGACAAGGUAUGGAAUAUCUUGCUUGUAAUAAAGAAGAGACAGCACAACCAGAAGCCCUUGAGUUGCUCGAGAAUAGAAAUUGGUUGUCCUAAAUUAUUAUAUAUUUAAAGACAAGGUUCUUUUUUUUUA